AUGUCGGACAACUUCCCCAACGGCCCCGGCGGCGGCGGCGGACCUGGCCCGGCUGCCAACCGCCGUGGCUCUAUCACCCAGGCCGCCUUCUCCAACCUCUUCCAGCGUGCUCCCUCCAUCUCCAGCGCCUCCUACCCCGGUCCCAUCAACAGCUCCCUCAACGACCCUCAGAGACGUCGCCUCUCCGUCACCACCAUCGGCCUCUCGGGCACGUCGCCCACCAACACGGCCGGCUUCGGCAUGCGCCGUGGGAGCAUGUCGACCAACUCGGACUCGAUUGACGAGAAUGCCGUCGACGAUGACGAUCUGCCACUUAGUGGCAUCAGAACCACGCCGACCACACCCUUUGUUCGCCGCAUGAGCCUUGGACAGUCGGCCAUGAGAGGAUACCGUCCGGGAGGCAGCCCUGGCAAUGGUAAUAGCCCAUCCUCGCCCCCUUCUUCGCUCGGGACCAUCCCCAGCGAUCGCAGGCCAUCGCUGGUGCAGGGCUCCAGCAUUACCGCCGCCCUCUCCGCCUCGGGCCGCCGCGCUAGCACUGCCGUCCCCCCCGCCGCUCCUCCACAGGCAAGCAACACCAAGCAUCCAAGAGUCUCUUCUGACAAUGUUCCUUCUCGCGCAGACCAGCACGGCUUUAACUGGUCGGAGCAGCUUAGGUCACGUGCCGAGAGCUCCGUCAUCGGCGCUCGCCCAUCCUUCUCACACGCCUCCUCGCCCCCGAGGGGCCACCACGACCGAACACAGUCGGUCUCCGAUCUGCCACCGCCACCCACGCAAGCCUCCGUCGUCCGGCCAAAGCAGGAGCCCCGAAAGCCGGAUGCUUUUCAGGAGAGGAUACUCAAGGGCGACUUCUACAUGGACUGA